AUGAGCACCGAAACUGCGCGUUUUCUGGAACUGAGCAACGCGUCUCGCCGUCUCAUCUGGGAAAUCUACGCCAGCAGGAACAGAAGUCCGCGGGAAGCUCUGUUGAUUCUCCUGGAGCAUUCGAGAAUUGUAAAGGAUCUGCGAAAAUCGCUAGGGCUCGACGCGAAGACUCUCGAUCGCCCUAUUAAGCUUCUCUUUUCGGAAAUCGCGAAGAACCACGCAACGUACCUCGACAAAGAUGUUAAGUCCAAGCCCCAUAUCAUCCUCGACACUGGAUUCCUAUCCCGGCUCCCGCCCUUACCACCCGACUUCCAACCACCCGACGACAUUCUCGAUGACGUCAACGCCGCGGGAGCGAUGAAGGGGAAGACUUCCGCGAACACCAAGAACGGCACUUCGACUAGAGGAGGGGAGGGGGAAGGGGAAGGAAAACGCCGCGGCGUCAGGUCAGCAAGACAGGGAGGGGUAGGGGAAGAGGAAGAGGAAGAGGAAGAAGCCCGGGGGAACGAUGGAGAGGGUGGUAUGGGUGUUCAAGGUGAUGUCCUUAUGGACGACGCCGAAGAGGGUUACAUUUGGGAGGGUGAUGAACGGGGAGGGGACCCGUUGGAUGGAGAUGAGGGGGUGGGAGGAACGGGUAGAGGAAAGGAUGGCGAGGGUGAGGGGGAGGACGACGAGGAGGGCGAUGGAAGGAAGAUGAAAGACUCUGGCCAGGGGGGAGGAGCUUUACGGAAGCGUGACAACACUCAUAUGAGCCCGCAAGCGAAACGAACGAAGAAGAAGAAGGUCGACUUCGAUAACUCCGCAACAAGGCCUUCUCCUCCCCCUCAGGACGUGGACAGUAUGCCGGGCGGGGGUGUGACGAGGCGGACGACCAGAAGGCAAGCCGCGAAGGCUGGAUCAAAGGGAGGGGUUAAAAGCGGAAUGAAGGGUGGUGGAAAGGCUGUGAAGGGCGAUGGAAAGCCCGCGGAAGGUUCGAAGGGGCCCGUCGUCGCUGAACCCGAGGACGAAAUCGAUGAGACACAGUGUCCUCCCCCGGAACCUGGGAAAGGAUUCGAUGUCACCGACCAGCCGUGCAGCCUCUGCAUAGCGGCUGAGCAGCGCGUAUGCUGGCGCCCAGCCGUGGGUUCGUGCCACCGUUGCCGACUGAAGAAGCAGAAGUGCACGUUCUCGAAGAAGGCAAAUCCCAAGGCGCCUCCUCCCCGUGCAACAUCUUCAACGGGGGCGUCGAGUUCGGGGAGCGUCUUGCUGCCCUCAGGCCAAUCUCAAUGGGCUCUCUACAGCCUGCCCAGCGGUUUGCCCGCGGGGACCAUUGUUGGGUCGUCAGAGUUUGCCCGGCGCCAGGACGUUGACCUCCUUUCCAGCGCCACACAAGAUCUCCAGGCGGAUGUCUAUAGCAUGAGGGGCCAACUCCAUGACCAGGCUGAAAAGGCAGCAGAGAAGAUGGACAAGGUCACCGUUCGGCUGGGGGAGGUCGAGGAGGAAUGUGAGAAGGUCCAUGUCGAUGUCGUGAAGGUUGCUGUGGAGGUGGAAGAUAUCCGCGCGCAGUUCGAGGAGAUACGCGGACAUGUUCCGGAUGGUUCGACUGACAUGGAGAAGGUUUUGGAAGAUCUCGCGGCUAUGGACGAAAGGAUUAAGCAGCAGGAGAGGCAGUUUGGGCUCUUCAAACAGAGGUUCGGGGGCCGACUAGCUCAGGAAGUUGAGGAGAGGGUAGCCACAUUUGGGGAGCGUCAGGAUGGGAAAUGGAUUCCGCGGUUCGAAUUGGUGGACGAGAGACUGGCGGAAAUCGACAGGCGUCUCCGGGAGCUUGAAGAGGGUCCCAAGCUGGAGCAGCGUUUGGGACACGUAAUUUCGAGGGAGGUCAGCAGCCGUUUUCAGGAGUCCGAGAGGAGGCUGGAGGGGUCAUUCAAGAGAGCCCUCGAGCAGGAAUCGCAGCACCUUGCUGACAGACAGGUCGAUCCCGCGGAUGUUGCGAAGGAGGUUUCGCAAUCGCUCGAACGACACUGGCCAGCCCUUCUGACACCCAUACUAUCCACCACCCUUACCACCCACCUCCGAGAGCGUAUUGGGGAUAUCGACGCGAAUAUUGCAAGGGUUGGAGAGGAACUUGAGGGAAGACUGAGGGCCAUCGUUCAGGAGGAAAUUUCUCGGAAUAGUCAAGACAUCAUUCGAGAGGCGGUAAACGCGGCUAUGAGAAACCUGACCGUCCACGUGCCAUCUUCGACCGACAUUCGCCUUCCACCCUACCCCACAUUCAUCGACCCUGAUCUGUUUGAGCAGGCCUACGAGCCCCUGAUUCUCCCUUCGGGUGGAGCCGACCAGGGUACCUCAAUUUCGACCUUCCAACUUCAAGAUCCCGAGGGCGUAUUUCAGGCAGGAAUCCAAGAAUCGGUGUUGACUGCUGUUCCGGAUGGCGUAUCAUCGGUGCGGGCAAGGAGACGGGCAUCCGCAGGUACUAUACAGUCUGAUGGUGAAGAAGAGUCGGAUUAA